UCACUGAUUAUGUACCAAAUGAUGUUGAAGUUACUUGUACUAAACUGCAUGAACUUGCCUCAUUUACUGCGUUUGUUUCUUCAAUAUCAGUCUUGUAUUUUAUUUGGUAUAUGAACACAAUUUUUUUUUUGCAGAUCGCAAAAACAAGCCGAAAAUGAUCAAAAUCAUCAACGUACUUGUAGCCUCACUGAUACUGGUCGUGGUACAGCAAUCAGAGGCUGGAAGACCGCCUGGCCUUUAUAAAGAGGACCCUUCGACUUCGACCCAGACUGCUGUGAACGUGUCCUUUACCUACAGCGAAACAGGAGGUUUUCAAAACGAUGAUUUUAUCUUGAAAAACGUGACUUGCCAAGAAAGUGACGCUUCGGCCGAUUUGACAGAAGCUGAAUGCAAGCUCACUUACAACGGAAACGAACCAUUUCAAAUUCAUGUGGUUUUUGUGGAGAAUUUAAAACCAGGAGUCGAGAGGUCUUUGAAAGUAUAUGACAUCGUAGAUUCGUCGGGACCUGUGGUUAUUGAUCGAAACUUUAAUUUCUGCUCCGAUCCUGCAAACCCCACCGAAGUCGUGCUGGGUGAUGGUGACGGCGAUGCUGCCGAGGCAUCCGUCACCAUCACCGGUGCUGGGGCAUAACUGAUUUCAAGUUGGGUCUGGAACCAGGAUAUGAAUAGGUGGAACAUAGUCACCAAUGAAACUUCCCACGCUGAUACUUACACUUUCGAUGCACCGCAGGGUGGACAUAUCUACUAUGUAGAUGCGUAUGGGUAUGACGAGUGCGCAGGCGCUGUCUUGCCGGGGUCUAGGAGAAGAAGUACCCGCCUGUGGAUGAGUCGUUACACUCCUGAUUCCUUCCCUAACCACUUUAAGAUGAGCUACAGUGUUGAUGAUGGAUCAAUGUGUUUCCUGAAAUUCGACUCUGAUGCAUCUGCACUGUCGGUGAAGUUUCAACUCAAGCAGGGGUCGACCGUCCUUGGGGAAUCAAUGAUAUCCGAUCCAACAACAAAGGAAUAUGUGUGUAUAGUCAUGGAUGGGUCGCAAGAUACAGCAGAACUUGUUGACCUGGUCGGCGUCAUGGAAAACAGCGUGACAAUCGCUGGUAUCGUUGAAGGUGGAGAAUCUUCACACAGCUACGGAAUCGAACUCAACCUUACAGAAUCCUACGACAUAGUUGAUGAUAUUGGCGCCAGGAUUGACAAUGAAACGAACACGUGUGUUGUCAGCUUCAAAUUCCUAAGCACUGGUACCAUCACAAUGGGCCUUUAUGUAGAGCUUUUGGGGGGGCCAGAGGCAGAAGAUAAACACAACCUCACUGUGGAUGAUGUUCUUGAAGGGGGAGCAGCAGCUUGCAUUACGGAUGAAGGUGCAGGGACGACAACGUGUGAGUGGGAACUGGAAGGAUUUACUCAAACCAGUUACGACUUCGAGCUCACCCCUGUUGUGGCAAGCAUCAGAACUAAUACAUAUGAGAUAUCCAUCGGCUCCGCAGAUGCCGGUGCUAUCCAGGCUGCAAGCUUCAAGGCACUCAUUCUAGCUGUUCCCAUAACCCAAGUUCUUAUCUCCCUCAUGUAGAAACUUCCUUAAAUCAACUUCUUUAUGAAUAAGCGAUACAGAAUUAAGUUACGCUCAGUUUCUGCGGUUUGAACACAGAACACUUGUGAAAAUUUUCAUCUUUUUAAACAAACUUUCAAGUCUUUUCUUAUUUU